AUGACCCCUUGUGAUCUCCCGUUGGCCAUUGCUAUGUUUCACUAUGCUCUUGUUCCUCCACAGCUCUGGUCCCCGGGGGACCUGAAACUGAAGCUAAUCCCUAUUCUGCAGCACAUGCACCACAUUGCCAGCCUGGCCUCUAGCAGCCUGGCCUCUAGCAGCCGGGAGCUGCUUAAGCAGCUGGUCACUUCCUACCCCUACCCACCCAUGGUCAUUGUCACCCUGCACACCUUCACCCAGCUGGCCGCCUCCUCGCUCAUCAACAUCCCCAAAUGGUUACAGCUGUUUCUCCAGUACAUGAAGGAGGACCCUAGGAAUGCAGUCAAGAGACUGGCUAUCCAGGACUUGAAGCUCCUGGCUAAAAAGGCCACCUAUCUCUGGAACAGAGAAAACACUCAGGUGGGGUCUUGUGUCCCACACAUACCUGCAAAUUCCCUACUCCAUAAUCCAACAGCGAGUGGUGAAUUAUCUUUCAUUGGUUAUUAUGAGGAUAAUCCAUGUGAUGCUUUCACCCCUCCUCGGCUCAUUGACCUUGUUAAGCUAGCGCAGGAAUGCUGUUACCACAGCAACCUGGCCUUCUCUGCCCAUGGAGUCACUGUGCCCGCCAACAUCGCCAUUUCCUAUCCAGAGAAAGACAUGAUGCAUCUGGAGCAGGACACCGUGAUGGGGGUGGAGUCUCUGCUGGUGCUCUGCAGUCAGGGCGACCGCCCCAGAACUCAGGCCACGCUCAAGAUGGCUCUCACCUCAUUGGUCCAGCUGCUGAAGAGUCGCCCCCACCUCAGCCAAUCGGCUGUGGCGUUCCUGCUGUGCCAGCUGCACUCGGCCUUCGACCCGUCACAUGUGCUGGCCAUCGCCACCCAGCUGCCAGUGCUGGGAUAGGGCAUGCUGGGGGAUCUGGUGGACUUUUACCGGGUGGCCAUUCACUCGUUCCCCGACAAGCUGCAGGUGCUCCUCCUUUCCCUGGCGACUGUGGUGUUUGUGGCUAGCCAGUCGUCCCUGUCCGCGGAGGUGAAGACGGUGAUCAAGCAGCAGCUGGAGAACAUGGCCAUCGGUUGGCAGAACUCGCGCAUGGUGAGUUUCUAG